GUGUAUUUCUACUCUGGCUGUGCUGAAUUCUUGACUUUACACGAGAUUUUGUUACCUUUAUACCUUUUGCCAAUAGACACACUAUGGAAGAGUCAUCCAAGCAUCCCCCAUGGUAUAUAGAUGAAGACACGGAGGCCUUUCUGGAAGAUCAUAAUACUUUGGAAUUUGAUAUAAUAAAAGGUCUACGUGAGCUCUACCUUACAGAAAUGCUGUGUGAUGCAACCAUAAUAACUGAGAGCAGAAGGUUCCCCUGCCACAGGGUUGUACUCGCUUCAGUCAGCCCCUAUUUCCGAGCCAUGUUCACUAGCUCUAUGCUAGAAUCUGAACACGGAGAGGUUUGCCUUCUGGAUGUCCCCUCUUCUGUCAUACAGAGCAUCCUUCACUUCAUAUACAGCGGUGAGGCUGCUCUCAACUUGGGCUCUGUUGAAGAGCUGUUUACCGUGUCCGGCCGACUGCAGAUUACAGCAAUGCAGGAUCUGUGCAGCAGGUUUCUCAUCAACCAGCUAACCAAUGAUAACUGCUUCUGGAUUUACAGACUGGCUCACAGCCAUAAUCACAUCACACUAAAAGGGGUAGCUAUUCAAUACAUCAGCUGGAACAUAACCAGUCUUUAUGAAAAAGAAGAUAUUCUCCAUUUGGAACAGGAUGAAUUAAUAAGCAUUCUUUCAUCGGAUCAGUUGAUGGUAUCUUCAGAGCUUUGCAUCUAUCGCAUGGCUCUUCACUGGUGGAAAGCCAACAAGGCUGCAGGCAGCCCAUUUCCUGAAGAGCUAUGUAGAGUCAUCCGGUUUCCAUUAAUGUCACCCCAUGAGCUAGAAAAAGUCAAAAGAGACUUAAUUCCAGAGCUGUCUGAUCUUCAGAAACCAGUCCCUUUCAAACUACGCCAAGGUAUGUUUGAAAAGCAGAUUGUUUGCAUGGACCUUCAGGCCAGAGAAGACCACACUCUUGAUGAUAAUGAUUUCUUUCUUGACUGCUAUGACCCUGUUUCCAAUGAGUGGGAUAAGAUUACUCCCUUAAAAUCUUUGAUGUAUCCUGGAUGUCUUGCUGUAGAGAACUAUCUCUAUGUGACCGGGGGGAUAAACCAGGACGAUUCUGUUUCCCAGACUUUCCAUAUUUAUGAUUCGUUAACAACCAGCUGGACAGAAUUUCCAUGUAUGAAGCGCCCAAGGGCUCUACAUGGAUUCUUAUCUUAUAAGAAGAAACUAUUUGCAGUGGGAGGAUGGAAUAGAGAUGACGUUUUGGACUCAAUGGAAUGUUUUGACCUUUCCAAAAAUUGUUGGUCUGAGUUAUCUAAACUACCAUUUCCAUUGUGUGCUUUUACAUCCACAAAGUUAAAAGGUAAACUGUACCUUAUAGGAGGAGAAACUGGGCGGGACCGUUUAUUUAGUGAGAAGGGACUACUGAUUUAUGAUACAAACACAGAUUUGUGGAGUCACGUUCCAAAUAAAAUUGUUGUGGCAUUUGGAGGAGCAGUGACGUUAGGUAACAAGGUGUUUGUGAUUGGUGGCUAUGAUAAUUAUUGUCCAUCUACAGGGCAGGCGGUAGCCACGUCACGAUGUUUGUGCUUAGAUGAACAGGGCUGGGUGUCCCAGGAACUCAAAGUCCCACCACUUCCUGAGAAGAUAGCAUCUGCUGGAGUUGUGCAAUGGAAAGAAAGAAUCUAUGUUUUGGGUGGGGAAAACAUGGAGCAGUUUUAUAAAACUAUAUAUUAUUGGACACCAGGUGAAUCCAAAUGGACACUUUGUACCCAAGGACUGCCUAUCCCUCAUGAAGGAGUGAGUGGCUUUGGUUGUGUCACCAUGUGGGUCCCUAUGAGAAAAUUUUGUUAUCUUAUCCCACACAGGAGAUAAAAUGCUUGAUUCAUAAUAUACAUAUUUGUACAUUGCUAACUAGUUAAGACUCCAUUCACACCAUGGCUUUCCAGAUUUCAGGUGGAAUCACCGUGAUUCUGCCCCUCUAUUCCCUAAUUGCCACAAAACUCGGGUCCCGAUUGCAAUCCUGUUGCUUUCAAUGGCAUCCCAAUCGUGCCGCAAUUUUGCCACGAUUGUUGCCUGAACGCCUGUAGCCCAAAUGAAGUUCCA